AUGGGAUGCAUCUUGACUUUGAGAAACGGUCCUCCACCACAGCAUGUCCAGCUACGGACCUUUGCAGGAGCAGUGAGAUACUUGCAGAACGAUACUCGAUUAUGUCCGCGAUACCUACGGAAGUCAUACUUUUCGUCCCAUGACCCAUUGACGUCCGGCGAGCUUAGACCUAAAACCUUCUUGCCGUGGUCACGGUCCGUCUCCUCUACGCAGCAGUCUGGGGUUCUCUUCAGUUCGAAAGCCCCUACCACAUAUACUUCAACCGAUGAACCGAUUUCAAUACCACAGAGCACUGCGGAGGCAGUGCAAGAGCUUCCUCAUCGACGGAGGCAGCGGCUAAAAGCCCAAGGCGGAACCAAUUCCCCGGAGCAAGAGCUACGCCCUGAUGCAUCUUCACAGCUCUCGAGCAUUUCUUCGUCAUUGCCUAAAUCUUCUUUGAAGGGAAAACUAGCAGCCUUUCUUGCCCUUACGAAGCCACGACUGUCCUUUUUAAUCGUUCUGACAGCUACUACAGCAUACGGUCUCUACCCGGUUCCUUCGAUAUUACAUCUCGACCCAACCGUCACCCCUCUACCGACUCUCUCUACUUCUACGUUGACGUUUUGUUACCUGACUGUGGGAACAUUCUUAUCAAGCGCUAGUGCCAACACAAUAAACAUGCUUCUUGAGCCUAAAUACGAUGCCCUCAUGUCUCGAACACGCAAUCGGCCUUUGGUUCGAAAACUUAUGUCUACCCGUGCAGCCGUGUUCUUCGCUAUUGGAACAGCAACCGCUGGUCUUACUGCCCUCUAUUUUGGCACGAAUCCGACCGUAGCCGGCCUGUCAGCCGCCAACAUUAUCCUAUAUGGCUUUAUAUAUACCCCAUUGAAGCGGAUCUCUGUCAUUAAUACCUGGAUUGGGGCUGUGGUAGGUGGGAUCCCCCCUCUAAUGGGCUGGGCGGCUGCGGCCGGUCAAACAGCGAUAACUGGCCAUGAUACCUGGAAGGAUCUCUUGUUUGGGCCAGGGAGCGCGGGGGGCUGGCUCCUAGCUGGCCUCCUUUUUGCGUGGCAGUUCCCACACUUCAAUGCCUUGUCUCAUCUAAUUCGGGACGAAUACAAAAAUGCCGGAUAUAAGAUGCUUGCAUGGACCAAUCCAGCGCGAAAUGGCCGUGUAGCUUUGCGCUACUCCCUCUUAAUGUUCCCUCUAUGUGCUGGUCUGUGGUGGGCUGGAGUAGUUGAUAAGGGUUUUUUGAUUGGCGGCGUACUCAUCAACUCCUGGCUCACCAGGGAAGCCUAUCGGUUCUGGAAACUUGAAGGAGCUAAGGGGACUGCGCGAGGCUUGUUUUGGGCGAGCGUGUGGCAUCUACCGCUGUUAAUGGUAGGCACACUUGCUGCCAAAAAGGGGAUUUGGGACGGAGUUUGGAGUAGAGCCAUGGGCUAUGCAGAGGACGAUGAAGACCUCGAUGCUGAGGAAAUUGAAGAGACACCUGAUGUACUCCCUCCUCUGCCAACAUCACGGGUCCAGACCCCAUAA